ACCUCUGGAAAGUGAGUUCAGUCGUGUCCGCGCGAUCGUGUUGCACGAUAUUUACCUGCGCGUGCAAACUCUCGAAUUCAGGAGCGUACCGUUCGCUCCGGGAGCCUCGCGAGUGCUACACAACCGCAUCCUUGCACGCUGCCAACGACCAGCUAGACAAGAUGCUGUCGAGGUUGCUGGUCGUAUUCUGGAUGGCAUUUCCUCUAGCGCUGUCUCAGAGUAAUUACGCGUCACAGGGAAACAGUAUCGAGUAUCAGCCUGGUUUGCCGCCCAGCACAGUGUUAAAUGGAAAAGUAACAAAAUUGGACGACAUCUCGUCGAUGAUAUUUCUGAAUCGCACAAAGGCCUACCUGAAUUGCAGUCAAGGGAGUAUGCAGGUGGAACUGAAGUUCGAGGAACCGUUUUACGGGGUCGCGUACGCUGAUUUCGACCGAAACAGUGCCUGCAUAUUCAAAGGACGCGGAUCGACCAGCGCCAAGUUGGAAUUACCUCUGAAAGGAUGCGGCACGAGGCAGGAUCCUCAACGCGUGUUCACAAACAACGUUGUAGUUCGCUUCCAUCCUGGCCUCGAAAUGGACGGCGACGAAGUUAUUACGAUAGUUUGUAGGUAUCCUCCGCCUGUGGCACCUGCACCGCCGGCUCCUCCGGCCAGCAUCUUGGCUACCCCGGCGCCAGUACCGCCGUCCGAACCACCGUUGAAAGGAUUUCAGAUUCUGCUCAUUAUCUGCGCGAUCCUGUUCCUUUCGUUGCUGUUACUUGGCCUCGGUUGCUCGUACAUGUGCUUGAAACGAAGAAACGUUCGCGUGAUCCACCGACAUCCGUUCGGAAGUGGCUCGGGCUCGGAAAUAACAAAACUCUCCACCUCUUCCCUAAGCAACAUCACCAUGUUCGAGGGCUUGAAGAUACCUAGGGCUCAUGCCCUUCUACACGCACCUCCGUCCACCACCGGUAGCGAUGCCAAUCUGAUGAUCGACCACUCAUUACCCAGCGAUUAUCCGAGCGAGAGCUCCGAGGUGGAUGAAGAACCUUCUCUGCCAGUUUCAUCCGCCGGCUCUUACGACAACAAAGCCUUUGUUCACCACGAGACUCAUCAACGCCAAGAAAUUCGUACCACCAGUUCCCUUUACUCCGAGACAGUUGCCGCAGAAGUGGAAACGUCUUCCAUGACAGCGGCAAACGCUUCACGCACCGCGGUUCCUCGCCACAUGGUAGCCAUGCCGAUCGAACCCAAGUUCGACGUUCAAAUGCGAGUGAAGCGAGCGCCACCUCCUCCGCCGAGUCCUCUACCCUCGGAAUCCGACAUAGCAAGCGUCGCUUUAGAAAGAAAUCUCACCACGAUUCUCGAAAAGGAAGAAUCUAGCCUUACACGCAGUCUUGACAGUCCCCCAGCCAGGAUGACUACAUUCUCUUACGUUCCGGAGCUUCAUGGACCUCCAGGAGGGACUCCGCCAACGUCCAGCAUCUCCAGGCAGCAAACACCUCCAGUCUACUCGAGAAUCUUGAGGAAGCAGGCCGAGAGGGACACCACGACCAGCACUAGCAUCGUUCAGGAACGAAUUCCCUCGCCUUCUCCCAUAGAACAGCCUCCUUUGCAACACCAUGAAAUUCGUAGGCCGAGAUCCUUGACUUCCUUGAACACCGAGCUAACCGAGACACGUUCUCUGACCGAAGUAACUGAUCAUACACAUGCCAAGUACAGAGUGGCUAGUAUCCUAGCUCCGACUCCGCCGCCACCUCCUCCGAUCGUUCCAACAGUCACUACUACCCACACAGCUGUUCAGCAUCGUGAACAUCGCCUCUUCCGCGAGGAGGUGACAGAGCCUUUGGUGGAGCCCCAGGUUGUCGCUCCUAGGCGUCCAGAGAUAACCACGCACGAAGUGGACGAUGUGUUUUUAAAGACAGUGACGGAGAAGAAGACUAUCGAGGAUGUGGAACGUCACCGUCGUCAGGUGACCGAGUAUAGAACUAAACCACCACCUCCGGAUCCUAAGUGGGACGUUACUAUCAGGAAUUAUCCUAAAGAGAAUCUCCCACCGCCUCCUCCGGAAUGGGAAAACUUCUCUGAUGUUAGUUCCAAUUCGAAUCUGACGAUUACCAAUGAGCCAACGGGCAGUCAGAUCGACGGGCCAGCUGACGAGGAACUGGACAUCAAUAUAGAGCCUACGUAUACCGCUAGAGCCGAGAUUCCUUGCAGACCACCUCCAGUCACCCAUCGUCGUUCCAUCGAUGAAACAGACGCUGAUUGGUUCUCUAGGCUAUCUCGUGUCUUGGACCCCCGUUACGCCUCCGAAUUGACUGACGGAGAACGAGCAAAAUGGCGCGAGAUAAUUACCACGGAUAGUACAUUACGGACCCUGUUAACAGAAGCCGUGGUUAAAGAGGACUACGAAUUGAUACGAAAAGAUGCCAGAUAUGCCCAUCUAUUCUCUCCGGCAAAGUGGGACGUGAUCAUCCGAAUCUUGGGUCCUCCUGUAACACAACCAGGUUCCGCUUCGUGCUCUAUCCAUGGAAAGAAUCACGGGCAGCGAUAUAAGAGGUCCAAGUCCUCUGAAUGGGAUACUAGAUCGAGAAGAUCGUCCUUGCCUACUUUGUACGAGUAUGAGAGCGACGGAGGUAGUUCUGCUCAUACUCAGAGCCACAGACUGCAGGUAUCACAGUCUACGGCGGCGAUGAGCCAGUCGAAUCGUCUACGUCGACUGGCAUCGAGUAACAGAGGCACAGGCGGCGUUAGUGAGGCGGACGUUAGGUCAAUGUCGGAGAUGACGGUGAGAGACUUUGCCAGAGUGGACAGAGACGACUUGACGAGUUUGAGUUCGUUCGAGGGAGCAGAUUCGCUGGUGAGAUCCUUGAGUCAGCCAAGUUUGGCCAGAAGCGGUUCAGAAUUUACCGAACACUGGGGAAUUCCCUCGGGCAUGCUGGAUCUCCCGCCUUGGACAGCGGAGGAGGAGGAAGAGGAGGAGGAGGGAACUAGUUCUGUGGAGACGACGCCAAGAGCGGUGAGAAGAAACGAUCAUCUGGAGGUGCUGGCGUCGUUCGACGAUCAUAGGCAGGGAUCAUCCACCGCUAGAUCGAGUCGGUACAUGGAGAGGGAAGUGAACAGCGUGCACGUGACCGAGAGUCAGAGGAGUUCCAACUGGUUCCACGAUGAUUCUGAGCCAGAGAUGCAGAUAUGAAGAUGUUUAAGAGAAGCCGCCUAAGUGUUCCGUUCUCUCCAAACGUCUUUCUUCGAGUUUUUAUAAAAUCGAGUUAUUAUAAGAAAUUAAACGUGAUCAUUAUGGCAGAGGUUAUGAGUAUUAUGCGGAUCAAGGUUAUCGAGGAAAGAUCAAGCAAGUUCGAUCAAAUAUAGUAUAAUAUUAUGAGAGAGGAUAGAGAAGGAAAUAGAAGGGAGAUACGCUAUUGUGUAUAAGUAUUUGGAUGCCUGGUGCAAUCUCAUCGAACGAUUUACGUUUCUCUUAAAAGUUUUCAAUAUCGUAACGAAAGAACGUCUCUCUACGCUGAAUGAAUUCUUUACAUCUUUAUCAAAUUGAAAUUAAAAGAAAGACAAUACGCCUGGCAUGCUUGUUGUUCCUUCCUGUUUGUUUCUGACGAAUCAUUGAUACUUUACGAUAUCCUGUAUAAACUGGUAAUUUUAAUCGUUCUAAAAAUCCUUUUCACCCGUUGAUCUCAAACGUCUACAUACGUGUGCACAUGUUAUACUUUUGCGAUAGUGUAAACGUGACCAAAUACUUAUGGAAGAUAGCGUACAUUUUAGAAAUAUUACGUUAACACAUUUAUAAGUGGAAUUUCCUAUGUGCGUGUCCGACUCACGCGUCUGCGUCAGAAGCGGUCACACCGCUAUAACACUGUGGGCUGUGGUAUCGCAACGAUGCAUCGGUUCUGAGACACAGCACACGGUCGUUUCCUUCACGACUUGUUUUAAAUUUCCUGUUAACGAAAGUUUCAUUAAGAACACGAUACUAUAAAAAUGUAAAAAAUUUGAGAGAGUUUCGCCGUUGCAAGUUAGUGCCUCGUUAAUGUCGUCUCAUCGAUACAAAGACCAAAGCGAUCCCACUGUACGGGUACAUUGUGCGUUCCCCCCUUCUCUUUAGGGAUAUGUAAUAGACGAUUUAAAAAGGCGGUUUUUUCGAUCACAGUGAAGAUAACAGCAGUGGACAUUGAAAAUGUCCCCCUUCAAUAUCUACGGUUUACAAACUAUAUAACCUCUGUUAUAAUAUCCAGAUUUCUUCAAAUUGACAUUUUCAUUUUCGACGAAUGUCGCAUUAUUCUCAAAUUUUUGUACCUUUCUAUUGACUGUACCGUUUCAAAUAUCUGUUCUUAAUUUCAUAUUGUCCAGGAUGAUCAAACUUUUCACUGCCUUCUCGCAUUUGGUAGAUCGAAGACGCAAUUUUGCCGCCUUCUUUACGAGUUAUUCUCUACGAAUUCUCUACGACUACGAAUAUCGAAAGAUUUUCGAACGAGCAUUCGCGUGUUUGCGACUCAAUGCGUUGACUGUUGGAUCAUCGAAGCAUGAACAGCUGAGCUUUUUAAUUAAUUCGAGACACCGGAAGAGAUUAUAAUAAAUCGACUACGAAAGAAAAUUAUUAUUCCUGUUUUGAAAUUAUUUGUCGAAAUUAAAUUUCUCUUUUUAUUUCCAUUUAAAUUUUAUCAUUUUAUUUCCAUUUAAAAUUGAACCGUGUAUGGAAUAUAUGUUGAAAGAAUGUAAACGAUUGGAAGCAUGUGUUUAAUAUUAAUAGUUAAUUAUUUAUUUUUUGUCAGGCGUUAAGAAACGUUAAUCUUGAUAACGAACAGUCGAUACAUUGAAGGAACAACAGUUGGCCAUUCUCUCCACUUGUCACUCGAAUUCUGUAAAUGGAAAAAAACGAGAAACGUCGAACAGGGUAAGAAUGUGUGAGAUUAUUGGACGAGUGAGACUGUAGAAUUUGGCGAAACGAAUUCAAUCAUGACGUACGAAUUAACCCGAAACGAGUAGAAGAAACGAAUCUACGACUAACCACGCAACAAAUUCGCUUUCUUAACGAUCGGUGGGACAUUUCGAGAACCUUUAUAACCAUUGAAAACCACCAUCACCGUAUUAACGAUAUUUAACACUUUUGCUACGCAUCUAUGUAAAAUAAUCGAAUUAUAUUGAAAAUUGGCAAAUUUUCAAGAAACUUCUCCAGUAAUAUAUUGUAAACUACUUUCUAUUCCUGGAAAAGAUUAUUUUGCGAAUAAUAAAAAAUAUAUCGAGCUUACAGAAUAUCGGAUAUUCGAUACGAAUAAAAUUAACUUAUAAAUUCA